UGACGGUUCUGACAUAACCGACCGUGAACACGUGUGUUAAAGCAGGUUAAAGAAAAGAUUAAAGUUGAAAAAUGGUGGUUGAAAUUCAGUAGGCUUGAAGUCACGGUAGGACUGAGCGGACGAGAGAAAUUAUUGAAAGAUUCCCAUCAAUUUCCGAAGUUAAAAGUGAGAAGAAAUUAGUGACGUUGAAUCAUGUCUAGUAGAUUCAUGCUUUCUCGGGUCACAAAUGGAGGCUCAUCAGGAAGUUCCGAAAAUGGUUCUGAUAACGAAAGUAGUUCCUACCACUGUCAUUACUGUUCUGCUCAAAGCAGUCAUGGUGCAGAUGACUUUGAAGCAUUGUUUGAAUGCAAAAUAUGUUCUAAGAAAUUUAGGCAGCUUUCUACCUACACACGACAUAAGAAAAUGCAUAACCCUGAAGACAAAGUAUUUAUUUGCCUUUUGUGUACACAUAACUGUGAAUCUGAAUUAAGUAUGAGAAGUCAUGUAACUGAAGCACAUGCUCCAACAAAGUCUUUCUAUUCAAGAAUACGUAACAAGGAAGAAAUUGAUCAGGAUUUAAGAAAUCAGCAUACUUGCCAAAUCUGUUCGAAGUCAUUUAGAUUAAAAUCUCACUUACAAAAUCACAUUCGCUGUCAUGCUCCAAAACUGAAUUCUGAAAAAGGGUGUGGUUCAUCUUCUAAACACCAGUCCACCUACAGAAACGUUAAAGAGCUUUCGCAAAAGGAGAAAGGUACUGUAGGCGAGCCGCAUCUGAAAAAUGGAUUGCAGAAAUCAGGGAUAGCCGGCAGCACUUCAGUUCUUCAAGGAAACUUCUGGCCGAGAGUUGUCCUCUCAUCUCACUUAAACAUUCUUUUGUCGAGCAGGACUGAAAAAUGAGGUAUCGAAGAAUAUUGUACUCAACUAGUUGGUUUAAUUGGCAUGGCUUCGCAUAGUUUUCAAGUCUAACCUAAUUACCUAACCUUUAUAGUUACACAAAUUAAUUCCCUUUUUUUUGCAUGUAUCAAAAUUUAAAUUAAUGGCAUGCUACCUGCUUUGUAUUUUCCCACAACUUACAUUUUCUUUAGUUAAUGAAAUUGCUGUGUAACAUUAGUUUUUUUUUGGGGGGGGGGUUUGUUUUAUCCCUGGGAAUAUCAGUUGUCUUUGUUUGUUGCAUGUUAGAAAAAAAUCUGCACUUUUCCUUGAACGAAA